AUGAUAUUAAACCAAGGAUAUGCCUUAAUAGAUAGGCUUUGUAAUAAAUAAGAGGUAUGUUAGGAGUGCCAUCAAACUCUUUAGGCUGUAAAAGAAUGUAUUGUUAUGAAUGAGUGUGGACAUAUGAUCCAUGAAACAUGCUUUAGAUCGUUACAAAGUAAGAAAAACUUUUGCUGUAAAUCUUGUAAAGGAAAAAUAAAAAUAGCAUUUAUCUUAAAUUAAAUUCAAGUUGUGCAAAUAAUAUCUGAUGGAAGAAAUAUUAUCAGUAAAAGGAAAAAAGAAUUUGAGAGCAAGAUUAAUGAAUACUUCUUUAGCAAGAUAGAACUGGUUGAUAAACUUUAAGAAAAGCUAGCAGAAAAAGAGCAAGAAAUUCAGAAUUUAAAUGAAAAAUUGAGACUUAUGAAUGCUGAUACUCAAAGGGACACUCAUAAUUUUCCUAUAGAAAAUAACAGCUCUACUAAUUCUAAUUCAUUUUAAAAUAUUCCAAAUCCUCAUUUUACUGAUAAAAGUGAAAUCUUAAAUACUGUAAAAGUAAAGGACAAAUUAAAAUUUUAUACUGACUUAGCUGGACUAAGCCCUUAGUAAAAUAUUUUUUCUGAUGAAAAAUAAAAUAAAAAUGAGAGAAAUAAUAAAAUGACUGAACAAGAUAUCAAUCAAAUGAGCACAAGAUUAUACAGCUAAUUUUAAUAGAAAUAUAAAGCUGAUGAUGAUGACCAGUAGCAAAAAUAAAAUACAGUCUUUAUUGAUAAACAAAAAUUGAAUAGCUAAAAUAACUUUAUCUAAAAAAAUGAUCAUCACUUGAAAUUCUCAUUCGGAUCAAAGAGGGAAAUAAAUAGCGAUUCACCAGAAAGAGAUAUGAUAGUCUCUGUCGACCAACCAAAUAAUUAGAAUUUAGAAGAGAUGAAAACUAUAUUGUACACAUAAGAUUAAAUAAACUAGAUAAAAUAAUUAAGCAACCAGCAGAAUAGCUAGAAUAGUGGUCUUAAAAAAAACUAAAAAUUAAAUGGUGAUUAUAUACAUGAAGAUAUAUUUUCUUUUGCUAAAUAAAAACAGACUAAUUCUAAUUUAACUAACUCAAACUGUUCUGCAUUCUCAUAAAAUAGCAGCCUACUUCGCGGUAGAAUUAGAACAUCAAACUCUGAUUAUAAAAAUUCUUUGAGUAACAAAAAGCUAAUUAAAGAACAAUCUUAAAUUAACUCAAGUCUUUUCUCUUAUGAAAGCCCACAAAAAAGCCAAUAAAAUUUCUUAUUUAACUAAGAAAACCCUAAAAAUGUAAAUUCUCCUAUUAAUACUAAAAUUUUUAAUUCUAGCAAUAGUAGUGGAUAUAAAUUAAGUGAAUCUAGAAUCAAAGAUAAAUGCACUUCUUGCAGUAAAGAAAGACAUAGUCACCCAAAUAGUGAUUCUAAAUUAACAAUAGAAAGCAGUCCAGAUAAAAAGAAAAGAUUCACAGCUGAUUUUCGUCUGCAAUCCUUAUCACAAGCUAGAUAAAAGCUAAAUUUCUUUAAUCUACAACCAAUAUAGUAAAAUAACAGUGACAAUAAAAACAAAAAUAUAAUACAAGCAAACAAUUAAACAGAAUGUAACUUAAUCAAAAACUAAAUAUAAGAGAACAAUGCCUAAUCAACUAACUAACUUAACUACUAAUAAACUAUCUAAAAGACAAACAUAGAUUUGGAUCAAACAAUAAUUGGAAAUAUUAAUGAUGCAGUCAAAUCAUAACUAAAUUCUCAAUCUUAAAACAGCUAAGAUUCAGCUACUCAGCCUAGUGUAUAAAAAAUAACUUUCAAUAAAAAUGCAAGAAGACCUCAUCCUGACUAAAAUCUAAUCUAAUAACAAAAUGUAUGUCUGAAAAUGCCAAAAUAUGUAACAAAAAACUGA